AUGUCAUCUAUCAUCCGCCUCGUUGCGGCAAUAGGCCUUACCAUACUCUUUACCGGUAGGGCCCAUGCUAAGGUCCACGGCGUUUUCGCCCAUUACAUGGUCGGCGGCAUGUCCACCAUCGACCAAGCCCUCACGGACGUCAAGGAAGCACAGUCCCUCGGGCUCGACGCCUUCGCUCUCAACGUCCAACAACCCGACGCCUGGUGGACCCGCGCCUCGCUCGAGUUCCUCUUCGAAGCUGCCUCCCAACAAGACUUCAAACUCUUCUUCUCCAUGGACAUGGCCGUGAUCCCAUCCCCCUCCGACUGCACCUCCCUCCUCACCAAAUACAUCACCCACCCCGCCUACUACCACCACGCCAACCGCCCAUUCCUCAGCACCUUCCGCGGCGGCGCCAACUCCAACGCCAACACCCAAUGGACCUCCGUCUUCCAAUCCCUCCCCGCCACCAAAAACAACCCCUACUUCAUCCCCAACUUCGAAGACCACCCCUCCGUCACCGAGGGCACCUACCCGCCCAGCAUCUUUACCACCUUCCCCGCCACCUCCGGCCUCAUGGGCUGGGAAACGGCCUGGCCGCCCUCCGGCUCCCCCGCUUCCACCCUCAACCUGACCCUCACCACCGACGAAACCAACCUCGCCGUCACCCGCGCCGCAAAAAAGGGCCUACAUGCUCCCGCUGUCCACCUUUCCAAUGCAAGCACCACCCGGAGCACGGCAACUGGUUCUGGGUCGGGGGGCCUGACGCUGCCGCGGCGCUUGGCUGGGGGCGCUGGCGCUGCAGCCGGAGUUUGUCGAGGUGCUGACGUGGAAUGA